AUAUAGCGUCAAAUCUAAACUGUGACUGAAAAAAAUACAUGUCAAUUUCACGCGGGAAUCAUAAAUGAUUGCGUUAGUUGGGAAGGUAAGUAGCAUUUCUGUACAGAUGCUGACGUGGUACAUAAGAGAUGCAGAAUAAACAAUAAUUAUCAGUAAAUCAUUCAGAAAGAGUUUUAAAGUCUAUUAAAUUUUAUAUUCACCUUUGUUUAUGAGACCCACUUUGAACUUGUCAGCAGAUUUUAUAAUACCGAUGAUCCCGUUAUUCACUAGAUGAGCUAGCAAUAUCACGAAUAAGUAGAGAAUUGCAGCGCUGUAUCAGUACCUUCGUUGAAAGCAGUAUCUUUGAAAAGAGAAGAAGACACAAGAAAACCGACAGAGAGGUGCAGAAGUAUAUAAAAGGUGUUAAUAAUUCAAAAUAUAUAACAGAAAUAUUUUCCCGAUAUUUUACAGUCUUUUCUGCGAACAAUUAGUUUGAAGUGAAAGACAGGGAUAAUUUCACCUACUUACGAGGUUUAAAAGGAAUUAAACACAAAAGUCAGAGUGCGUGAGCUAUGUAAAAGAAAAGCAAGGGCCUAGUAAUAUAUGUUUUUCUGGAGUAUACAGUCCGGUGUCCUUCUGAAGUAGCGGACUUAUACCAUUUACUUUCAUUCGGGAGUUUGCGUUUAAACUUCGGCUCUAGGCAAUUUUCAACUUCUAUUUCCUUUUUCAUUAUUUUUUUUAGUUUUUACUUUUUUAUUUAUUUUCAUUUUGCAGAAGCCAUUCGAACUCAGGAGCCUUAGCAAUAGAGUGCUGUCCCACAGAUAAGGGUGGUUCACAUAUGUCCCCACCAUCAUAUCCGCUGACUAGCAGUCACCACCCUCCCACCACCAUCGAUGCUAAGAUCCUCCGAAUGGGAUAAAUACUUCACUACUGAUGACCUAUCGAGAGCUCUAACCACCUUCUACCAUAACUCUAACGCAUGCUUAGAUGCUGUCAUUCCACUUCAAACACUAAAGUUUUCCCCACACAGAAAGUCAUUCAUAAAACCAAAGGAUCGUAUGAAACUGAAGAGACUCUCAACAAGUUACUUCAAACACCACGACUUUGGCACUCUAGGUCUAAUACUUAACACCCUUAGCUCCAUCUCACAAGCUCGAGAUUUCCGUAUGAGAAACGAAGAACGCAUCGCAGUAGCCAGUCCUGUUAGAGUGUAUGCACUCACAGAAAUCUUAAGGAAGCGAAUGAAUCGCAAAAAUCACAGCAUUUCUCUCCUCAUAGACAAAGGUAGGCUAUGCACUAACCCUGAAGACAUAUGUGAACUAUCCAGCAAAACGUUUGCAGGUAACUAUCUUAAGCCCUCAGUCCAGCUACUCGAUAUACACCCUAUUACUAAUAUAGCACAAACUCCAUCUCCACUCACACCAAACCAAAUUACCACUGUUGAAUUCAAUUACACUAAUAUUAACCAAACUAUAAGAACCCUCAAAAGUUUAAAAGAUUUCGGCACCGACGGUAUAUCAUCUUAUUUCUAUAAAUAUGGUGGCCCUGACAUUCCUCUACUGCUUCUUAAAAUAUUCACAAUGUCCCUAGAAACUCAAAAUUACCCUGACAUAUGGAAGACAACAUUCAUUAUGCCUAAACACAAAUCUGGCUCGAAAACUGAAGUCAGUAACUACCGGCCGAUCAGUAUCGCACCUAUAGCAUCUAGAAUUAUGGAGAGACUAGUUAAAGAUAACUUAAUCAAACAUAUGCUUAGCUGUAAUAUUAUAAGUCCGAACCAACAUGGAUCACCCCCACUGUUUUAUUUGUCUCUCCUCCUUGGUGAUCGGAUUCCCUUGACCAUGUUCUAUUGGUUUCAUCGUCUGGCUUGAUCUCUUCCCGGAUGGAGACUCGGUUACCUCAUACAAUGUUCUGAGAUCUCUUAUUAAUAUAUGUGUAAAACUUGGGC